ACAAACAUGGCCUUGCGGUGUUUUAGUUGCUUGUCCAGAGUAGUCCGUGUAUGUCAGGUUUUAAGCAGGGCAGCAGCGGGUAGUGCUGCGGGUCCGGCCCGGAGUCCCACCCUCAGGAGGCAGGAGGGAGGAAUAAGAACUAUUACGCUUAAUGAUCCCAAGAAAAGGAAUGCCUUAUCUUUGUCUAUGCUGACCGCCCUGCGGGCAGACCUCUUGGCAGACAUCGACAGUGAGGAGCUGCGGGUCAUUAUUAUAUCUGCGGAGGGGCCGGUGUUCUCAUCUGGUCAUGACCUAAAGGAACUGACAUCAUCUCAAGGGAAGGAGUACCACAGGCAUGUGUUUGGGGAGUGCUCUGAGAUAAUGACUUUGAUCCAGGAGAUUCCGGUGCCUGUGAUAGCUAAAGUUAAUGGUGUUGCCACAGCAGCAGGAUGCCAGCUCGUUGCUAGCUGUGAUAUUGCCGUGGCGACAGAAAAGUCCACUUUUGCCACCCCUGGGGUAAAUGUAGGGGUUUUCUGUUCCACUCCAGCGGUGGCAAUUGGCAGAGCAAUGCCCAGAAAGGUCACCAUGGAAAUGCUGCUCACAGGAGAGCCCAUCUCGGCCCAGGCUGCGCUGCUACAUGGACUUGUCAGCAGAGUCGUCCCAGAGGAACAAUUGGACCAGGAGACGCUGGCCAUUGCCCAGCGCGUGUGCCAAACCAGUCGCUCUGUGGUAGCCCUGGGCAAGGCCACCUUCUACAAGCAGAUGGCUUUGGGCCGCGAGACGGCCUAUGGCAUCGCCUGUGCCGCUAUGGUAGACAACCUCGCACUUAGGGACGGACAGGAAGGAGUCCAGGCCUUUCUGGGGAAACGAAAGCCCGUGUGGACACACAGCACAGAGAAGGUCUCUGAGUGAACACUUUUGAGUGAAGCCUUUUAUGUGCAGGAGUUCCACUGAUCAUUAUAGGAUAAAUGAUCUCCUGCGUUUAAAUGGGUAGUUAGAAUCUACUGGAUGGAAUUGUGCUUCCAUGCAAGGUACAGGCUCUGAAGUGGAAAACUGUUCAAUAUGACCACCAUGCUUUAAAUGGCUUCAUCAGUACUAGCUCUCGCAGUGUGCACUUUGUCAGCAUCGAACUGCUAUGUGGUAUUUUUUUACAGUGACCACAAGAGGGUGCUGCAUCCCGUAUUACUGGCACAAUGGUACAUUGUUCUAGAAACCAGUUUUCUAGGAUUUUCUUGUUGAACACUUGUAGAAUCCUGUCAUUUGUAUGACAAUGUCAGGGGUGCAAAAUUAAAGAAAGUGAGGAUUUCAGAUUUAAUUUGAAGUAGUAUCUGAUAAUCAUUUCAUUAAAGUGUGCGUGAAAACAGCAUAUAGAAUGUCUGUUAAAGAAUGGAUUGUUUAUCCCUGAUAUGUGGCAGUGAAUAAACCUUAAAACUAGU